AUGCUAAAGGGACCGCUUAAAGGUUGCUUAAAUAUGUCUAAAAAAGUUAUAGUGAUUGCUGGUACAACAGGAGUAGGAAAGUCUCAGUUGUCCAUACAAUUGGCACAAAAAUUUAAUGGCGAAGUUAUCAAUUCGGAUUCUAUGCAGGUAUAUAAAGAUAUUCCUAUUAUAACAAAUAAACAUCCGCUUCAAGAAAGAGAGGGCAUUCCUCACCAUGUAAUGAAUCACGUAGAUUGGUCAGAAGAAUACUAUUCCCAUCGUUUUGAAACUGAAUGCAUGAACGCUAUUGAAGAUAUUCACCGGAGGGGUAAGAUACCCAUCGUUGUUGGGGGUACUCAUUAUUAUUUGCAGACUCUUUUCAAUAAGCGGGUCGAUACGAAAUCAUCCGAACGUAAGCUCACAAGGAAGCAGCUCGAUAUUUUGGAAUCGACUGACCCUGAUGUGAUUUAUAACACACUUGUGAAGUGUGAUCCUGAUAUAGCUACCAAAUACCAUCCUAAUGACUACAGGAGGGUACAACGAAUGUUGGAAAUCUACUAUAAGACGGGCAAAAAACCAAGCGAGACAUUUAACGAACAAAAAAUAACUUUGAAGUUUGAUACCCUAUUUUUAUGGCUAUACAGUAAGCCGGAGCCACUUUUCCAAAGGCUUGACGAUCGUGUAGACGACAUGCUAGAAAGAGGCGCCUUGCAAGAAAUCAAGCAAUUAUAUGAAUAUUACAGUCAAAAUAAAUUUACGCCGGAGCAAUGCGAGAAUGGUGUUUGGCAAGUUAUUGGCUUCAAAGAAUUCUUACCGUGGCUAACCGGGAAAACUGAUGACAACACAGUAAAAUUGGAGGAUUGUAUAGAAAGAAUGAAAACGAGAACACGUCAAUACGCAAAAAGGCAGGUAAAAUGGAUCAAGAAAAUGCUGAUACCUGACAUCAAAGGCGAUAUAUACUUACUGGAUGCCACUGACCUUUCUCAAUGGGACACGAAUGCAUCUCAAAGAGCGAUAGCUAUUUCCAAUGACUUUAUUAGCAAUCGACCCAUCAAGCAAGAAAGGGCACCUAAAGCCCUAGAGGAGCUGUUGUCUAAAGGCGAAACUACGAUGAAGAAAUUGGACGAUUGGACACAUUAUACUUGCAACGUCUGUCGUAACGCAGAUGGUAAGAACGUUGUAGCUAUUGGCGAAAAAUAUUGGAAAAUUCAUUUGGGUAGCAGAAGACAUAAAUCCAACUUGAAAAGAAACACUCGUCAAGCUGAUUUUGAAAAAUGGAAAAUAAACAAGAAGGAGACUGUGGAAUGA